GCACGCCCUGCGCCGUCUCCCUGGCAACAGCCCCCGACGCACUUGUCUGGGGCUCCGUAGCCCGGAUGUGAGGCACCCCUCCGGCGUCCAGUUUCUAGCGGGACCUUGAGUGCCCUCCGCGCCGCCACCCUUCGCCCUCCUCCUGGAAAGCCAUGCUGAAAUUCCAAGAGGCUACCAAGUGUGUGAGUGGAUCAAUAGCUGUUUCCACGUGUCCAAGGCCCUUGAUCGCCAGAAGAUAUGCACUUCUACAGAAACUUGGCAGCGGGAGCUUUGGAACUGUCUAUCUGGUUUCAGACAAGAAAGCCAAACAAGGAGAGGAACUAAAAGUACUGAAGGAAAUCUCUGUUGGAGAACUCAACCCAAAUGAGACUGUGCAGGCAAAUUUGGAGGCCCAGCUCCUUUCCAAGCUGGACCACCCUGCCAUUGUCAAGUUCCAUGCAAGCUUUGUGGAGCAAGAUAAUUUCUGCAUUAUCACGGAGUACUGUGAGGGCCGAGAUCUGGACUAUAAAAUUCAGGAAUAUAAAGAGGCUGGAAGAACUUUUCCAGAGAGUCAAAUAAUAGAAUGGUUUAUCCAGCUGUUGCUAGGAGUUGACUACAUGCAUGAAAGGAGGAUACUUCAUCGAGAUUUGAAAUCAAAGAACAUAUUUCUGAAAAAUAAUCUUCUUAAAAUCGGGGAUUUUGGAGUUUCUCGACUCCUAAUGGGGUCCUGUGAUCUAGCCACCACUUUAACUGGAACUCCCCAUUAUAUGAGCCCGGAGGCUUUGAAACACCAAGGCUAUGACACAAAGUCGGAUAUCUGGUCUCUGGCAUGCAUUUUGUAUGAGAUGUGCUGCAUGAAUCAUGCAUUCACUGGCUCCAAUUUCUUAUCCAUUGUCUUAAAAAUUGUUGAAGGUGACACUCCUUCUCUCCCUGAGAGAUACCCACGACAGCUGAAUACCAUCAUGCAAAGCAUGUUAAACAAGAGUCCUUCACUGAGACCAUCUGCUGUAGAAAUUUUAAAAAUUCCUUACAUUGAUGAACAACUACAGCACCUGAUGUGCCGAUAUUCUGAAAUAACCCUGGAAGGCAAGAAUUUGAAUUGUCAGAAGGAGGCAGCAUAUAUAAUUAAUGCUGUGCAAAAAAAGAUGCACCUGCAGACCCUGCGGGCACUCUCUGAAGUGCAGAAGAUGACACCAAGAGAAAGGAUGCGGCUGAGGAAGGUCCAGGCAGCUGAUGAGGAGGCCAGGAAGCUGAAAAAGCUUGUGGAAGAAAAAUAUGAAGAAAACAACAAACGAAUGCAAGAAUUGAGAUCGCGGAACUUCCAGCAGCUAACUGUGAAUGUGCUCCAUGAAUUUGAUGACCGAGCUUCAGAGAACCUGCCUGAGUCUCAGCCCAUUCUUUUCCCAGACCUCGGCGCACUUGGGUCAAGUAUGGAGGACACGGCAGCUGACCUUGGAGAUCAUGAAAUCCCAGAAGACCCACUUGUGGCUGAAGAGUAUUAUACUGAUGCAUUUGAUUCCUGUUCUGAAGAAAGUGAGGAGGAGGAAGAAAAUAUGGUGUUCUCAGCGGGAGAGGAAGAGGUGCAGGAUGAGGGGUCCCAGCCUGCUUACAGGACAAACCAACAGGACAGUGAUAUUGAAGCACUGGCCAGGUGUUUAGAGCACGUCCUGGGCUGCACCUCUCUGGACACAAGGACCAUCACCAGCUCAGCUCCAGACACAUCCUCAGGACCAACAAUUUUCAACAGUGCAGUGGCCAGGACCAAAAUGAAACGCAUGAGAGAAUCAGCUGUGCAGAAGCUGGGGGCAGAGGUGUUUGAGGAGGUCUACACUUAUCUCAAGAGAGCAAGGCAGCAAAGAGCCAGUGAGGCGGAGGUCCGGGCAGCUCUGGAAACAGUGGUGCCUCGAGCCAGUGACUGUUUUGAGGUUGACCAGCUGCUCUACUUUGAGGAACAGUUGCUGAUCACAAGGGGAGAAGGGGCCACACGCCAGAACCAUCAAGAAGGAACUAUCAGAGACAAACAACUUUAAGUGGACAAAUGCCUGUGAAAAGCUGUCAGCCCUUACCCUGGACUCUGUUCUGGGAAAUGAGCACACAGCUGGACCAGCCAUCUCUACUUUCAAUUCCUUGUCCAAAGGAGUGGCUCCUUUCAAGAAUAGUAAACUCUGGCCAGUUAGCAUUGUUGGGUCUGCACUGUGAGAUAAGUAUGCAGAUCAAGUCUGGCUUCCUGAAAGCAUUCCUGCUUGCAUGUCCUUUGGGCUUGCAGUGAGGCGGAGCCACCCUGACCUUGGCCUGGAAGAAGCCACCUGCUCUGUCCACUUGAAGGACAGGCUCAGGCCCAACUUCCCCAGUCUCUACAGGGUGUAUCCAGCCUGCUCCUGGAGGUUUCUGGGCCCCGGGCUCUGCUGAGCUGCUACCCAUGAGUCAAAUGUCCCUGUCUCAGGUCCCUGCUUUUGCCCUUGAAUGCCUAACAAGUCAGAAGUGCAUAUGUGAAAGGUUAAAGUAUUUCCCAGACUCAUCCAUAGUUGAAGACUUUUAUUCAUAAUAAAUAUAUUUUCCAUGGUUACAAAAUACAUUCCCUGUUUUGUCUUGUC